UGCGCACGAAUCAAAAAAUAAAAAUAAAAACAAGCAAUAGAAGAAAAAAAAAACGAACAACAACAAUACCAUUAUGGGGCCAAUUUGGUAAUAGCUAUAUGGCCAAUUCAUCGUUGCUGUGUGUAUGAUUGUUCGGUUGGGCUGUUGUUGGCUUUGCCCCGUUGCCUUCUGCCGUUUUAGCUUUGCAUAUUGCACAAAUACCAAGACAUGCACUCAAUCGAUCUCAUGAUUGAGCGAGCUAACGAACGAACAAACGGCCGAAUGAACGAACCGAACCAUACGAACGAAAUGAGUACAUAACUGGCGCAUAGUAAACAGCAUAUAACACAUUAAAAUAUAUAGUAAAAUGGUUUUUCAUGUAGAGCGCACUGAGAGAGUGCUUAAAGCACGAUAGAAAAAAAGCAGCAGCAGCAGCACCAAUUCAAUUGUUGGCUAGUAUACAUUGGAUGUGUGUUACAGUGAGCCAAAAAAAACUUGAAACACUGCUGCUGCCGUUGUUACUUCUGCCUUCUGUUGCUACUGCUGCUCUCUCGGUCUCUCUAUCUCUCUGCGUGUAGUUGUACUACUAUUUCAAACCAGCGAAACCAAAAUAUAAUUCACUAUCUAAAAAAAGAAAAUAGAAGAAGUGGCGAACAGCACACAGUGUAUUCACAAACUAAAAUAAAACGCUUGAACGUAAAAAUCUAGAGUAACUGUUGAAAGCGCGCGUAUCUCCUUUGCACUUCGUUUUUGGGGUUUUCUUCGAUUUGAGUAUUCAUUCGCAUUCGCAUUAUCACAACCGAGAGCGACUAUUCUCGUAGUUGAAACAAGAAGACGAGAGGUAGCAGCGGCCCCAUCGAUAAAUCAGUGUGCGAGAAAGAAAAGAAGACGAGCGCAGAGGAAAAACCGAGAAAACCGAAUCGCAGAGUUUUUGAGAGAGAUUUUUGUUUUUUUGCACACACCAUUUUGAUAAUCAGUUGUGUGUGAAAUGGCUGUGUUUCUCAUUAAUAUUUGUAAAUUCAAUGGGUGCGGAAUAAAAUUUGAUUCAUUGGGUGAACUUAUCACUCACAUCGAAAAUAUACACAUCGACUAUGAUCCGCAUGUUGUUGAACAAAAGGAGCAAUCACAACCGGCAUGUCUUCCAUUGAGCUAUGUGCUAAGAUUCAUUACCGAUGCAGCACGCAAGGAAGGUCCAUUCAUAAACAGUUCGUCGGGAGCCACCGAUCUAAAGCGAAAACUAGCUAUCAAACAUCACAGUUACAGUAUGUCGUCAUCGAAUCGAAGUACCACACCAACAGGUAGCGAAAUCGAUGACGAAGAAAUGAUAGUCUCGGAAUCGGAAAAUUCGAAUGACUCAUGGACGACCGAAGAGUUUAGUUCGGAGUUUAUAAUGCGAUAUGGCAGCAGACACUCUGGCACAGCGGGUAACAGUGCAUCGAAUGAAAAGCCAUUUGCAUGUCCAGUGCCUGGGUGCAAAAAGCGAUACAAGAAUGUUAAUGGCAUUAAGUAUCAUUCCAAGAAUGGUCACAAAAAAGAGGGAAAUAGAGUGAGAAAAGGAUUCAAAUGCUACUGUGGAAAGAGCUACAAAACAUCACAAGGUCUGAAGAAUCAUUCGAUGGUGGUACACAAUACGACAUCGACUGAGGCAUUGAACAAUAGUGUGACAAGGCCGCACAGUCCAGCAUCGAAUGGCGGUAAUAAUUUUAGUAGCCAAAGUCAGUUAUCACCAAAUGGUAGUACCAACGGAAGCACGCCCGUUAAUACGACGACACUGUCGGCGAGCUCAUCGCCAACCUUCACACAGUCCGUUCCACAAACAAAUCAAAUAACAUUGAAAACAGCACCACCGACAACCAAUCUAAUAGCAGUCAAUUCGCUGGCCGUGUCGAGUCCUCCAAACAACAACAACAAUAACAACAACACCAGCAACAACAACAACAACAACAAUAACAAUAAAAACAGCCAUGCACUGCUAUCUACCCACAAUCCAAACAAAUUGGUCAAACUGAAUACCGAGUGCUUCGAUGGUGUGCUGGUCGGCACCAAGGCAUCGGGCAAAAAUUUAAUCAUAACGAGUACGGCAAACGGUACCAGCAGUGGUAAUAUCAUUGUGUCUACAGCGACCGCCAUACCGCCAAAUGUGAAUGCCGAUGAAACAAAUGGCAAUGGCGCUAAAAUCAAUCUUCCUAGUCUUGUAAAUUUAGGUAUUUUAACUCCAGCUACAUCACCAAAGCAACAUACACAACUAACACCUCAAAUUUCACCAAAUCACACGCCCGCAUCCAAUACAAACAAUGCGACUAAUAAUAAUAGUAGUAAUAAUAAUAACAACAACAACAACGAAAGCACACUCCCGCUAACGCCGAUCAGUCCGUUGAACAAAACAUUUAAUGGCGCUGCUUCAGUAAGCAUAGGCAACACAACCAGCAAUAACAACAAUACAACCAGUCCAAACCUCAACAAUGGACACCUUGCCAGUUCAAUCACCGCCGAUGGCUCAUUGACUGAAGAUACUUAGCCUAUAUUAAAAACGCUACUUAUGCGUAAAUAAUAACAAGAAGGAAAAAAAACAACAAAAUCCCGUAUCAAAGCUGAAUACCAAACGAAACGAAAUCGAAAUGAGAGGAAAAAUCGAGAGAAUGAAUGAAACAAAACAGAACAACAAAAUAAUUAGGAUAAAACAUUAAAACUAUUUCCCUGUGUUCAUCCUGCGCAGAUGUUAUAUAAGUAUCUGUCAAGCUUUAAGCCACGAUUUAAUGUGAUGACUGCGGAAGAAAGCAGCAAAAAUUAAUCUUUUUUUUUCUCUCAAAAACUUCAACAAACAAAAACAAAAACUGACGUGAGCCGCGCGUUAUGAAUUUAAAAGAAGAAAACGAUCGCUUACGUUCGCGUGUGAAUGUUGGGAUAGUGUGUAGGAAAAAGUUUUCAUAUCUAUUUGUAAUUAAAUGAAGUAAAAAAAAAAACAGAAUAUUUGUAAAUGCGAUAAUACACGUAGGUCCUAGAAGAAAAAACAACAUACAAUUGAACAAAACCAAACGAACGAACACAAAUUUAAGCACAAAAUGCUGCGUAUGAAUAAAUCUAGUUUCCUUUUAUUUUGAAUAACUAGAUAAAUCUAAUUUUUUUGAUGCAAAUUGAUUGAAAGUACUAAUUCUUUGGAGGUUGUAAACAAAAAGAAGAAAAUCCACAUUUUUAUUUCUUUUUCGUCGCUACAUAGUUAAAAAGGGGAAAAUGUCUUUUCUUUUCUCUCGAAACAAACAAACAAAAAAUCAUAGCAAAAAUAUGUAGACUAAAAUCUAUUUGGAUCGUAAGAAAAUAGCUUCAAUGUUACAAAUUUCUACAAACAAACAAAAACACACAUUUUGUUUCGUUUGACAAAUAUUUUUGUUCUAGAAAAAUUUGUUUUUGCUUCGACGCAAAAGAGAUAGAAAAACAAAACAGCAAACACACACACAGCAAAUCGAUAUAGGCAAAUGAACUUUCAAAGAAUCAUGCACUUAAAACAAUUCUAUUUGAAUUCGAAUUUGUGAUUUAAGCUGUUUUAAACAGCUUAAAACCUAUUUAUUAAUGUAUCGUAGUUAUUGUUGCAUUGCCAUUUUGGCACUCAAUGAUAGUUGUUUCUUGUUCGAUCUUUAGUUUCAUUUAAUUUGAAUCAUGUUUUUUUUUCCUUCUCAAUUUCUCUUUGUAUCUCUUUUUUCCUUUCAAUCUCACUCUAUCUCUCAGUUGAAUGAAAGAAGAAGAAGAAAAUGAAAGAAACACAAACAUUUGACACACUUCUUAAAUGAAUGCAUAGAUGAAGAAAAAAAAAGCUUUAAACCAUUUUCCUGACUAUUAUAAUCCACUCCGUAAAUAUUUUCACAAAUUCAAUACCAAUCAUUUUGUUCCAGGAGAAAGAAAGAAUUCCAACAUCAAUCAUUUCAAUUUCAAAGAUACUAGCGCGAAUUUUUAACCAUCAUCGCUAAACCAAACAAUUCAGUUUUUGAAAUACCAUAGAAAAUAUUUGCAAAAAAAAAUGAAAUAUACAUACAGACACACGCAUUAACAACAACGUCAAAUUUUGCUUAAACAUUUAAAACAAAAAGAAGAAGAAGAAGAAGAAAAAACGUUAGAAGGAGAUUCUUGUGGUGAUUAUGAGAUAACAUUUUUCUAGUCAUUAAAUUAUUUAGAGAAUUUUAUUGAAAAUAUUAUCUUUAAAAAAAAAACAACGUGUAAAUUUGUUCAAAUGAUUUUGAUUCAUUUAAAUUAAAUGAUGAAAUUCUGAACACAAUAACAGAAAAAAAAUUAUAAGAUUAAAUUAAUGAUAAUAAAUUUAAAAAUAAAACAAAUAAUGAUGAGAAAAAAAAAACAACAAAGUGAAACCAACAAAACCGACAAACGAAAAUGAUUAGCAAAUAAACGGAAAAUUUUAUGCAUAGUUGUUAAUUGUUGCUUUGAAAGUGAAAAAUGAAAAUAAACUACACUAUAAUUGAACUGAAUUAUAAAAAUCAAACAAA